AUGGCCAACACGAAGAAAGAACAAUCUCGUUUGACAGAUGAUGCACUACCACCCGAUCGCAUGCCGACCUUUAAAGCAAAAGACAAGGUGCUACUCAUGAUAAUGCUUACCGAGUUUACGGAGCAAAGGGAAAAAGAACUUGUGUCCUUCUUGCAGUAUGAUCCCGGGGUCAUCGACCGUGGUAUCGAAGUUAAAACAUGGACUCCGUCUAAAUGCCUUCUUGAUUCAAUUGCUCUACAAGGUCCAAAUCGAGACAGUCUGGCCAACAUAUAUACUCUUGCGAUGCUAGCUUAUAUGUCUGGGCUAGAGUUCAUACUUCAUACGAGCUUCGUUGUCGCCGAUGAUCUCACCAAACGCUGCUGGGAAGGUACUCAUCGAGUCGGAGAGCGGGGCAGGCUCUCACUUCUUUUGGUCAGGGUUCGGCCAAAUUUUACCGAGGACACAUCAGCUUCUGAUUGUUCGCUUCCGCUUGAAGUUUGUGUCAUGGUUUCUCGGUUUUCUGAUACUUCAGACAGUCCUCAUCGAGACGGGAACAGUGACUUCAUUGAUUUCGGUGAUUCGUAUUCCUCAUCUGCUGAAGAAAGGAAACCUACUGGUUCACAGUACGGCUCAUCAUCGUUUGUUGAUGAUUUAGGAUACGGUUUAUUACCAUUCAUUUUGGAAAAGUUUUGCUGGCAAAGUCAUGAUGAUGUCCUUCGCCCGGAUUACCACUGCAGAGUCAGCAAAGUCUACCGAAUGGUAAACUACGGGACUGAAGGAAUUGACCAACCUUACUCUGUUAUUUUUCAUGGCAUGUAUCUUCAUGAUCCAGAUCGAGAGAUGUUCUCCAUCAAAAGUACGCUCAUGUCAACACGGAAGCGGUAUUUGAAGGCUGCAUGGUCAGUGCUUUCUUCUCGUCUCCCACCAGAGUUGUCGACUGAGAUAAUCUCUCGAGCCGACCUGGUUCCGUCCUUCCGAGCACCUCUAUGGAAGUACCGACAAAGCCGGGAACAUUUACACAUCUUCUUAAUGUUUCCCACGACGGAGGAUGAGCUCCGUGAAGCUCACUUGGUUAUUCAUGAUGCACUGCAAAAGCGAUCUAGAGAAGAAAAGAAUGCUCCGAAAACAGCGGAGCUCAUUCCUUUUCACCGCCAUGGAAUGAGGACUCGCCGCGAUGUGGUGGCAUUCUGGAAGGAGUAUCAGAUGCACGAACCAGAUGAAAGAUGCAACGACCCAGUCUUGAAUCUUAUGCUCAAUCCCAUCCAAAAGAGCAUCGCAAACGUGUCCCAUUUCGCCAUUGUUUAUUCUGGUGGUGCGAGGCCUGUGAUUGUCUUGAGGACUACACUCAGCACUUUGGGUACAUUGUCCACAUCUGAUUUGUUUGAUCUUUCUGCUCGUGAUUGUGAUGAGUACAGUAUCGAUCUCGUCGAAGCCGCAUACGAUCCAGACCAGCCACAUUACCACAAUCCACCUGUCUGGGAGACAGUGGGCAAUUCAUUGACAGAUCAAUAUCUCCAUGACUAUGGCUCGAUCUCAGUAUUCUACCUUACUAAGCAUCUGAGGGAUUCCGAGGAUCUGAUACUCCGAAAGGAAAUCCAUAAAGUGGAUGGAGAGGACAGAUAUGACAUCGAUCCCGACGAUGCUAUGGACUACUAUUGGAAUCAACGGAAGGAUGUCUGUUUUGUUUCAUGGGAGUGCGACGAAGACGGAACUUUGGAAGACAUUUGGAACCUUGUACUCAAAAUUUACAAGCACGAAGGUUUCGGUCGCCGAUUUCAGCGCUUCUUUUGCCUCGACCGACAGUCUGUGGAAGACCAAACGCUCAUUAUUGUUGAGCCCGACUUCUUUCUCUCCGGAAGGAAAGUCCAGGAUGAAGGUGAACUGUUACAGGGCAUGGUCGCGCCAACACUGGCAGGAUUUCGUUGCAACCGUGUGUUAUGCGAAGAAGCCCAUGAAUCCAAAAUUGAACUUGAUCAAUGUAUUCGAACAAUUGAGGAGAUCGGCGGGCUUGACAACGAAGGGCAACACUUCAUUCGACCCGACUGGCCAGGUCCUGAAGUUCUUCCUCCCACGAAUCCCUGGAGGCUGGGUUGGCCCGAGCCUAGCCAACCCCCUGUCUGGGAUAUAUUCGGUUCUCGCCUGGAUGCAGUUAAUGAUGAAAAUGAAGAGAGAGAGGAAUAG